CAGUUCCCUAUAAAACCUUGACUCCCCUAAUAGGCUUGGCCAACGUCAAUAACAAUAUAAAGAGAAUCACACAAAAGGCUAAGCCACGUAGCAAAACAUGCAUACCCAAUAGGCCAAAUAUAUAGUUCAACAGUGUGUUUGUGUCUACAACUCUCUAGAGAUCAGGUUUUCUUCUCCAUGAUAAAAUUUAUUUUUUGGGUGAAAAGAUAACAUGGAGGAAAAGUGUGCAAUCAAGAAAGAUGUUACUGAAUUGAUAGGCAAUACCCCAAUGGUAUAUCUCAACCACAUUGUAGAUGGCUGUGUAGCCCGUAUUGCUGCCAAGCUUGAAAUGAUGGAACCCUGCUCUAGUGUCAAAGACAGGAUUGCAUAUAGUAUGAUUAAAGAUGCUGAAGAAAAGGGUUUGAUUACUCCAGGGAAGACUGUCCUCAUUGAGCCUACUAGUGGCAACACUGGCAUUGGAUUGGCAUUCGUUGCAGCAGUUAAGGGUUACAAACUUAUCCUUACCAUUGCAUCUUCAAUGAGUCUUGAGAGAAGAAUGGUGCCUCAAGCUUUUGGAGCUGAGUUGUACCUUACAGAUCCUGCCAAGGGCGUUUAUGGUGUAUUUGAUAAGGCCAAUGAACUGCGAAGUAAAAUACCCAAUAGCUAUAUCCUUCAGCAAUUUGAAAAUCCUGCCAACCCAAAGGUCCAUUAUGAAACCACUGGCCCAGAGAUAUGGAGAGAUUCAGGAGGGAAAGUUGAUGCCCUGGUUUCAGGCAUAGGGACUGGGGGUACAGUAACUGGUGCAGGGAAUUUCCUCAAGGAGAAAAACCCUGAGAUAAAGGUGUAUGGAGUAGAACCAGUUGAAAGUGCAGUCUUGAAUGGAGGACAGCCUGGCAAGCAUCUUAUCCAAGGAAUUGGAGCUGGUAUAAUACCUACUGUUCUGGAUAUGAAGCUGCUUGAUGAAGUUAUUCAGGUAUCAAAUGAGGAAGCUAUUGAAACUGCUAAACUGCUUGCCUUGAAAGAAGGUUUGCUGGUUGGGAUUUCAUCUGGUGCUGCAGCUGCUGCUGCAGUAAAGUUGGCAAAUAGGCCAGAAAAUGCUGGAAAACUUAUUGCUGUUAUCUUUCCCAGCUUUGGAGAGCGUUAUCUGUCUACUGUGCUUUUUGAUUCCAUUAGGCAUGAGGCAGAAAAUAUGACUUAUGACUGAUUGUUUCUGAAUAUCAGAAACUGCUUUAUGUAUGUUAUGCAAUCUACAUAUUUGAAAUAAUGAGAACUUCCUAUGGUCUGUUUGCUGUAUGAUCAACAGCUUGACUAAUAAAAGUUUGAUAGAUUGACUUGAUAGCCUCAAUCUUCAAAUUUUUCUAAGCCUAAAGAAUUCAUAUUUCAGGGUUACAUUGCAUUUAAA